CCUGGCUCCGGCCCAGGGCAGGAAGGCUGGGGAGCUCUCCCGUGUGGCGCUCCUGGGCUGCCUGCCCCUCACCUCUAGGCAGGGGGCGCCUUGGCCCGGGAGUGAGUGCAGGGCCAGGGGCGGGCCGUGCGGGGCGCGCUCCUCCCACGCCGGUGUCAGAUUUACGGAACAGAGCUCCCAGGCCGGACGCGCGGUGGCCUGACGGCCGCGAGGAUUCCAUCGGCCUGACCCUGCCCGGCUUGACCCUUCCCGGGCGCGCCAUGUUCGCGCGUGGGUCCCGGAGGCGCCGCUCCGGGCGCGCGCCUCCAGAGGCGGAGGACCCAGACCGCGGCCAGCCCUGCAACUCCUGCAGGGAGCAGUGCCCCGGCUUCCUACUGCAUGGAUGGAGAAAGAUCUGUCAGCACUGCAAAUGCCCAAGGGAGGAGCACGCUGUGCACACGGUGCCUGUGGACCUGGAGCGCAUCAUGUGUCGGCUAAUCUCAGACUUCCAGCGCCACUCCAUCUCCGAUGAUGACUCAGGCUGUGCCUCGGAGGAGUAUGCCUGGGUGCCCCCUGGUCUCAAGCCAGAGCAGGUAUACCAGUUUUUCAGCUGCCUCCCAGAGGACAAGGUUCCGUAUGUCAACAGUCCUGGGGAAAAAUACAGGAUCAAACAGCUGCUGCACCAGCUUCCCCCACACGACAGUGAGGGGGCAGGCAUGGCGGGAGGAGCCUGGAAGACCCUCCUACCCCAGGCACAGUACUGCACGGCACUGGAAGAGGAGGAGAAGAAAGAGCUCAGAGCCUUCAGCCAGCAGCGGAAGCGGGAGAAUCUGGGCCGUGGCACCGUGCGCAUCUUCCCUGUGACCAUCACUGGGGCCAUCUGUGAGGAGCGUCUCUCUGUCAUUUGGCAGUGCGGGAAGCAGAUCGGAGGCGGGGACAUCGCCGUAUUCGCCAGCCGAGCAGGCCUGGGUGCCUGUUGGCACCCGCAGUGCUUCGUGUGCUCCACGUGCCGCGAGCUGCUGGUGGACCUCAUCUACUUCUACCAUGCUGGCAAAGUCUACUGUGGCCGCCACCACGCCGAACGCCUGCGCCCGCGCUGCCAAGCCUGCGACGAGAUCAUCUUCUCCCCUGAGUGCACCGAGGCCGAGGGCCGGCACUGGCACAUGGGUCACUUCUGCUGCUUCGAGUGCGAAGUCUCGCUGGGAGGGCAGCGCUACGUCAUGCGUCAGAGCCGCCCCCACUGCUGUGCCUGCUACGAGGCCCGCCACGCGGAGUACUGUGACGGCUGUGGGGAGCACAUUGGCCUGGACCAGGGUCAGAUGGCUUAUGAGGGCCAGCACUGGCACGCCUCAGACCGCUGCUUCUGCUGUAGUCGCUGCGGGCGAGCCCUGCUGGGCCGCCCCUUCCUGCCCCGCCGCGGCCUAAUCUUCUGCUCGAGAGCCUGCAGCCUGGGGUCUGAGCCCACGGCUUCGGCGACCGGCCGCCGGAGCUGGAGCGCCGGCACGGUCUCCGCACCUCUCGCGGCAUCCACGGCCUCUUUCUCCGCCACGGAGGAAGCGGCGGAGACCGCCACCAAAGGGACCAGCACGGAGCCGGAGCCUGUUGCAGGCCCUGAGGAGCCCGCCCACUUUCUGAGAGGGGCCCCCCACCGCCACUCCAUGCCAGAGCUGGGGCUCCGCGGCCCCCCAGAGCCGCCCCCGGGACUCCCCAGCCAGCCCGACCCAAGCCCGGAAGAUAGUGCCUUUGGUCGCCAGAGCACCCCUCGCGUCAGCUUCCGUGACCCUCUGGUGUCUGACGGAGGCCCGCGGCGGACCCUGAGUGCACCCCCAGCCCAGCGUCGCAGGCCACGCAGUCCCCCACCCAGGGCCCCCACCCGUCGCCACCGCCGCCACCACUACCACCAUCACCGCCACCAUUCGGGCAGACAUCGCCACCGCCAGUGUAACUUGGGAUCGGGCUCGGACUCAGGAUCUUGCUCCAGCUCAUCUUCUAGCUCCAGUUCCGAGUCCUCAGAGGAGGAUGGCUUCUUCCUAGGGGAACGCAUCCCCCUGCCCCCGCAUCUGUGCAGGCCUGGGCCUGCUCAGGACAAUGCAGCGGGAACCCCCAAGUCCCCAUCUCCACAGCUCCCCAGGAGCUCACGCCCAGGGAUGCCCCGCCAGGCCAGAGACAAGAACUGCAUUGUGGCUUGAAGGCAGUGUAGUCCUGGAGGGCUCCGUUCUCCGGUCAGUGUAGAUGAUCCCAUCCCCCAACCGAAGUCAUAAAUCCCCUUCCUCCUUCAUCCGUUUGUGUUAAUGAAGUAAUUUAAUAUUUGUCAGAAAA